AUGCAUACUUUAAAGAAACUGCACAGCGGCUUUCAGAGUGAUGAAGACGUGGGCGUGGAAGGGAAGAUAAGACACCCAUUUCCCCCAAGAUGGAACUCGCGCAAGGGGGCUGUGCUUUUCAUACCCCCCUUGCGCGAGAGCUAUGAAUAUAGUGGCAGCGCUGAUGAUCAGGACCAUCAUGAAAAUGGGUACAAUCAUAACGAUCAACAUUAUUACCAUUGCCGCGAUUACCACCACUAUAACGAUAUGGAGGGGAGAACAAAUCCAUCUCGCAAAGAGGAAGACCUCGAGUCGGAGGAAGGCGCAUCCAAGUGGGACAGUCAUGCUGAUCGGGCCAACAUGCCUGAGGGGGAUACUUGUGAUUUUCAGGAUAGGGAAUUAAAGAACCCAACAAGUGGACUGCGAGAAAAUGUAAAAAGAACAAAACUUAAAAUGUGCAAAAAUUUGAUAGAAAAAAGAGAGAUAAUUAAUUGUCGAAAUUUUUUUCAAAUUCCAUUUGAGGAAAACAAAAGGGCGAGUAAACAUCAACAGGUUCAUGGUCUCUCAAUGGACAAAAACAAAUGUGUUGGUUCACCUUCAAAAUUGAGCACCCAUCUACGCGUAGCCAAACUUGUUAGAUCAUUUAUGAAAGAAAAAAAACAUUCUAUCAUCCCAUCUAAGGAAUCGCUACACGAACAGAGGAGCCCAAAUUCUUUACCUGAAAGGAUCAGCCCAUCAGUUGAAUCUUCGAAAGAAGCUGCAUCUAUGGAUACCCGUUUAGACAACCCAUUCACAAACCGAAUUGGCCAAAAGUUAUCAAAAAAAACGUAUCGAUUUAAUUGUAGUAGCAUUCAUAUUUGUACAUUUAAAUGUGUUAAUGAUAACUAUGUUAGAUUUUUUAGGAGACGAUUAAUGAAGAGUAAAAUUCAUGCACUGAUGAAAAUGCAAGGAGAAGAAAUGAAUGGAAUUUUCAACCCGUUCAUGAGAAUUCUCUUGAAAUAUGAAACUCCCUUCAUGUGGAAGACGGAAAUUUCCCACCAAAACAAGCAUCUCGUAAGAAAGCCCAAAGAGAAAGAAAGGGGUAAUGCCCACCCAUACCAAAUGGGUGGAACUGGACCACUGACUAAUUUGAUAAAAGAGAGAAACUCAAGUGGGACCACGUCCAAUAUGAGUAAUUUAUCUCAGGAAGGAAACUUCAGUUCGGACCAGAGUGCUAAACAUAGAGAUGGACUUAUAAAUAAAAGGGGUAAAAAAAAAACGAAGGAACAAUCAAUAGAUGUACCCCUGGUGGAACAAUCAAAUGGUCAAUCGCCAGUGACACAGUGGUCGACUGCUGGUGGUAUCGUCGACUCUUACCUGAACGAAAACGCGAAUUUUUUUGAGCAGAACUUUCUGGAAGAGGAUUUUUGUGUGGGGAGCGUUUCAAAGGCGCCUGCUAGUGACGCUAACUGUUAUGUUGCCAAUCCGUGUGAUGCCGACCCUUGUGAGGUUGACCUUUCCCUGGACGAAUCCAUAAAAACCCUCAUAAGUAACUGCAAUAGUAUUUUUAACAACCAUUCCAGCAACCCCCCACAGGAAUUCUUUAUUUCACAAGCGAAUGAGACAGAGGCUAGAGGGGCUAGAACCUCCUCCGUCAAACUCCACCCACAGAACUACGACGAAAUUAACCUCCUUAAUGACGAUUGCGUUAUGAACAUAAAGCAUGACGAAGAAGAAAAAAACUUUCCGAGGAGAACAAAUCCAAAAGGUGUAAAAUGCCAACUGGUAAAAGGAGAAAAACCAAAAAUUUGUGACGACUUUUCCGGUAAGAAAAAACACCUUGAAGAGGAAAAAGAGCGGAAUAAUUUUCACGAAAUAUAUUUACGUAAUUCGCGCAGAAAAAGACAAAUUAAUUUUAACCAAUUCGAUAUGCAAAAACGAGGAGAAGAUGCACCAUCGAAGGAGUUUCGGCCAAACAGUGAACACAAGGAAGAGUUGUACAUCCACCCGUCGCAUGACACACACAAGGGUGACAAAAUUUGCGCACUGAAAAAAUUACACAAAAAUGUGAAAGAUAAACAUUCAUUGGUACUAUUACCCGUAAGGAAGAAGGAACAUCUUAAGCGGGCAUUCUCCGAUCAGAAAAAUACAAAUAAAGAUGAAGGGGAAAAAAAAAAUAAUUUCUCCAAAAUGAUGAUGAAGACAUAUCCUAAUUUUAGAGUCUUAUAUACAUAUAAUUGCCGUCUACACAAAAGUGCAUUCACUAAGAGGAAAAUUAGAAGAAAAAAAAAUAAUAAGAAGGAUAAUGAAAUCAUCAGCUAUUUUCGUUUCUAUAAGAAGAAUCUUUUAACCAUGAAAGGAGAGAAAAAAAAAUGUGUAAGCAGCCACGGGGAUGAUAAUUGUAACAAAUUUUCUGUGACACCGACGCAGAAUGUCAUUCCUCCCUGUGGGGACUAUGAAAGUACCUACCAUUUGGAAGAGGAAAAGGAAAAGCAUCAGGUUCCUUUCACCUUUAAGAUCGUUCAGGAGAGCGUCGAAGUAACAACAAAAGGGAAAGACAAACAAAACCAUAUUUCCCGUCAGGCAAAUCACAACGUAGAAGAUCGAAGUAGACACACAAGCACCCCCGAAGGGAACAAUGCAAAUGGAAUAUAUGUUAAUAAAAAAGAUUACAAAGAAGAAAUAAAUUCCAUUAAAGGAGAAGGACAUUCCCAAAACGGUUUUACUCCAAACGGGGUGGAAAAUAAAGCACACACUUCACCAAAUGGUGAGGCACUCCAAGAGAGUCCCAUCAAAAAUGACCACCUCACUACUCAUACGGGUAAUAAGGAUAACAUUCAUUUGAGAGGAAAAAAGGGUAUUGACACAUAUGGAAACCACUCCAGUGGCAUCUUCACCUUGAAAAAUCGAAUGGGUUCAGGUACUUUCCAGGGAGAGGAUCCACUCCCUGGUAGCUCCCUACAAAAUGCAAACAAAAUUGAUAACGCCAUUUUGGAGGAACACAGUAGCGACAUGGGCUCAUUCCCAAUAAGUGAAUCAGUGCAUGAAAUAAAGUUGAACUUCUCGGAGGGGCAUGUCUUUCUAUAUUUUUAUGGAGAAAAUGGAACUCAGGUCCUUCAAUUUAGCAUUGAAUUAGACCUGCUAGAACAAAACUGCAAACUUUUCAAAGGCUUAAGCGAGAGUUCAGGGAUAGCCACCAAUUCGGGAGGAAAUAUUAAUUCAAUUUUAGGUAGAAAUACUCUCAGAAGUUCCCCGAGAAGUGUCGAUCAAUAUUGCAGUGAUCUCCCUAUCGACCCAACCAAAGUGGCUACUCUGAUUAUCCAAAAGGAAGAUAUCAUAAAAAGUUACUGCAAUCGCCUGGCGUUGAGCGAAGAGAAGCAGGAGCACAUUCAUCGCACCAUCAGCAACUCACUCAGCGUGGAAAAUUUUACAAUCUUAUUUACACUCCUAAAAAUGAAAAAAAAAAUGAACAUCCUGUUACUCCAAAUUAACAAAAUAACAGGCGAAAUAAAAAAGCUUCUCAUAAUGAUAGAAAAAAAACUAGAAGAAAUAGAGAGUCUUACACCCAAAUUGGAAUUUUUAAGGAAUGCAAAAAAAGAGGCAAAAGUUACAGUCAUACAGAACUGCAUGAAUUUCUUCCUACGUAUAACUAGCAUAUACAGUAACAUUUGCACUUUGAUAAAAACACAAAAUGGCAUUUUUUCACACUUCAAAUUUAACAACGAAAUUAUCAACAGUUAUUUAUUUUUUGUAAAGAAAUUCUCCACCUAUAUAUCCAGGAGUGUAGUUGAAAUACAAAAUUUUUAUGUCCAAAUAAAAAACAUGCAAAAUGAGCAAACAGACCAAAAUUGCCUGAACAGGCAAGAAAAAUCUAUACUCAAAAAAAUUCACAAAAAGUUAGAAAAUCACUUAAGUAUUCACUACAAGAAAAUAUUUAUCUUUAAGCAAAUAUUAGAAAUAUAUUUAAUCGAAUUGAAGAAUUUUAAAAAGUACCAAAAGGAUUACAUGAUUAGCAAAAUUAACAUUUUAAUUAAUUACAAAUGUCCAUAUGAUCUGCUCCUUUUUUCUAUCCUCGUUAAAUCGAAAAGCCUUUGUGAAAUAAGUGUGCGGAAAAUAUGCCAUAAUUUUGACAUAACUAAUUUUCAGACAAACAAGAGGAUCUACGCACUCUUUAUAAACAAAAAAAUUAAAAAUAACAUUUUGAAGAAGAUUAAAGCAAACGUUGGUGGAAAUGCUUACGUUACGUUAAAAAAUAUAUUUUUCUACAAUGAGCUAAAUGGCCUCAUGAAAAAUGCUUUACGUAAUGGCGGAUGCAAAACAGGACGUCAUCUCAGCCAGAAGGGUGAAGAAACGCUAGAGGGGAACCCCUCAGAUGAAGGUUCUAUGGAGUCUCCCCAAGAGGGGGGGAAGUCGCCACGUAAUUUAAUCGACGCUUCUGAUAUUUGUAAUAUUCCUUCUGGUGGUAAAAAUGAAACGGCUGAAAUGGGGAACCUACCCAAAGGGGGAGAAGAAAUCCAGAAUGAUACGUACGAGAAGCAUGACGGAGAUGUAUGUCCAACAGGAAGGAACCAACCAAGCGAGAGCAACUACGAACUGAUGGAAGAAUCUAAUGAGAGCGUCCCGUCUAAUGUCACAACGAACAACCUGUCGACCUGCUCUUCCUUAAACGACUGCGAAGAUUCCAAGUAUUUACAAAACAUCGGCAAAAUUUUAAAAACGAACAAUGCGCUAACUUUAGUAAAAAAUAUAAGAAGAUCUCUAGAUAUAGACAAUCUCUGCACAUCAAACAAAUGUUCGGUGGAAAACAAAAAUGUAACAUACAAAAGCAAAUGCAGUGGGGAGAAAAAGUCUAAAUUGUCCAUUCCCUCCAAUGUUCAGACGCAUAUAAGCAGAUUUACCCCCAAAAAUGAAGAAAAUUAUAUCAAAUUAAAUUGCGCCAGGAAAAAAAAAAAAAAAGUGGAAAAUAAAAUUGACCAACUGAGGAAGGUCUUUAAAACAUAUGAGGGGGAGAGGAAAGAAAAAGGAGAGAAGGAUUCCUCAAGAAAAAAUGGAUCCAUUGAAAAUGCGGAUUGGAAAACCCAUCAAAAUGGAAGACGCGUGCUACCCCCAAGACACAGACGCACAUGCUGUAAAUACAAUCCCGCGCUGAUGGACCAACUAAAUCCAUCUGAACAGUUAAGCAACACGGACAAAUACACAAUAUAUAAUAAAAAGGAAAAGAAAAAAAGAAAAAUCCUUGAGAACAUUGAAAAAAUAAAAGAAAUAGAAAAAAAUUACAAACAAGUACAAGAAAUUGAAAGACAAGAAGAAUUCAAAAAAAAACUGAACGAAUGGAAAAUGAAAAAAAUUACAAAAAGAAACAACAUAAACCUGCUAAAAAUUAGGGGACUGAGAAAUAAUAAAAAAGAUUUGUUUACCUCGUUCGUUAAGAAGGACAUUAACAGGAUAGGCACGAUAAUUAGGUGUAAGAUAAACGGCGAGAGGGAUAUUUGCACUGAUGUAUACACCAGGGAGGUCCCGAGCAACCAUACGGAAAGCUGUUCUUCACAUCUUAUUUCCAUGGGGGGAAAAAAAAGCGUAGAGGAUAUUUUGGAUAAUUUGAAAAAUUCCACCCCCGCAUGCACGAAGAUAGAAAAAUCGGAUCCUCCUUUUGGAGACUUAAAUGGAGAGGAGGGCGGUUCUAUUACGCAUCAAGAAUUUCCCUUACAUGACCAUAUAACCAAAUUUGAUAAUGACACCUUUGAUAGAAAUCAUCUGAACGGUUCAAGCAAAAAUAGACACAAUGGAAUUUUAAAUUUUGAAGGAGUCGAAAAGGAAGUUGUAAAAAGAGUUAGCACAUCACAAGGAGUGACAAACCCAGUGAAUGAUAAAAUUAUUAUAAACGAAAAAACAGGAAGGAAUUUAAAAAAGGGGAACACAAAUUGUGAAGAUGAAGAUGCCCUCGAUGAUAACAAGGAAAAAGAAUAUAUUCUUCACCAAACGGAAGAGCAUUUCACUGAUUCCUUUUUUAAGAAUAAAUUAUAUGAGCCAUCCCCAUCGGAGACUCAUUUUUUUACCGCAAUAGAGGACGACAAUGAGCACACGGAUAUUAUACUUUCCCCUAGGCAGAGCAAAAAAGAACCAAAAAGAUGCACACUGAGGGUGUCAAAUGGGAGCAUAAAGUAUAACCUAUCGGACUAUACGCAGAAAUGGAAUAGAACCGAGAGAAUCCCUUCUGUAUGCACCACGAAAGGGGAUUUUUCUCCCAGUGAGGAGAAAGGAUCAGCACAAAAGAAAGUAACAGGAGAGUCUCACAAUGAUGACUGUACAAAUCAGCAAAGUGAAGUAUCAAGGGAAGGAAAUUACUUCCCAAGACAGGAAGAUGAAGAGGCACGUGUGAGCAAAAUGACUAACGAGACAUUAAACGAAUGGUUCAACAGAAGAAAAAAAAAAACACUUCAUCAGAUGGUGAGUGGGAAAAAUAAUGCACCAUUUGUACGUGCGACACUUUUCCCCAUCGAAGUGAAGCACAAAAUAACUUCCAAAAUUGUUAGUAGUUGCGGAAGGAAAAAACCAAGUUAUGAUUUCCACAUCGGGGGGAAUUACAGAACGAAAGAAUCGAUAGAAAGACGAAGAAGAAUCGAUAACUAUGCAAAGACUUUGAGAACAUUAGGUCCUUUAGAAAAUAUGGAAAUGUCGCUAAAAAAUAUUAAAAAUGUACCAAGUAAAGUUAAAAGGAAAAAUAUUAUUGAAUUCCUUAGACGGAGACAACGUGAAGGAAUGGCAUCGAACCAUUUGAUUUACAAGGAUGAAUACGUUUUUUUAAAAAAAAAUAUGUCCUCCAAAUUUUGA